AUGGGCCCGUCUACGCAUGAUAUUGCGGCGCCGAUGUGCCAUCUCUACAAGCCGAAAUUCGAGAGCAACCCCGUCGCGAAGAUCGGCGGUAUCGCCGUGCCUUCGUGGCCGCUACCGACGGAGACCCUCACGGCGCUGUCGACCACGUACGCUGGCCGCGUCCCGGCCAAGGACGUCGUCUUCCGCGGCUUCCACGCGAUACCCAGGCGUGCGUUCAUGUUUGAGUCCUCCAUCCUCAGGCAACUCGACCCGGAGCAAGACGACGACGAUGAGGAGUUCGAGUUCAGCAUGACACUGGCGCAUUUUGCGAACGACUUGACCGGCGACGCGUCGGCGUUGAAGCCAAUAGACCGACCACCACGCCAUACCUGUGCCACGGCCGUCUACUUCUUCCCGUCCACCUGCGUCGGUGGCCACGUGACGGUGGCGCCCAUCACGUCCGGGCACCGGUCUUUUGGCGUGUAUCACGCAGCGUACAUCCUGGACGACUACGACUCGGACUACAGCUACGGGCCCAAGCCCAAGUUUGCACCGCCACCGCUGCCGUCGAUCCAAGAGCUCCAGGACGCCGCUCGCGGCUACGAUUGCUCUGAAGACAUUGCUGUCACGAUCCCGCCGAUACGCGCGGUCGUCGACCGCCUCCCGUCUGUCUUGUGGCCUAAGAGAAAUUCGCUGUGCCGCGUGCGCCUCGCCUCGUGUGUGGAACUCGCCGUCGAGUAUUUGCGCUCGGGCGCCGAGCGUGCUAGCUGCUACAACGGUCACGUCCUCCAUCUGGCGCACCUGACGGCCGGGACGCCUGCCUUCGCCACAGCCGACGCCGACGUGCAAAUGCAGCGACGCUGCUUGGAUUUCAAGGGCGAGUGUGCGGGCCUUGACAAGACGACGCUGACGCCGCUGCAAGCGCUCGUCUGGGAAGAGUAG